AAAUUCCUUAGUUUUCCAUUUGUUUUCGUUUCUUUAGAUAUUGGGCAGCGCCAAGCUCUCUUAUCGGGGACAUCAUUGCCGGGAACUUUGAUAGGUAAGGCUAAACUUUUAUGUAUGGAUUUUAUUUUUCUUUUCUUUUUCUUGAUUCUCUUUGGACUCUAUGCAUGUAAGCAUGUAAGGUUAAUUAUAUAAUUGGAUGUUAUGUGGUUGGCUUACAAUGUUGGGUGAUCAACAGUAGGAUUAAGGUUUACUAAAUUAAUGUAUGUCUGUUUUUACUUUGUAAUGUUGUCUAAAUUUGCUAUGCUGUUGCAUUAACUAACCCAUUUUUUCUAAAUGACCAUCUCACCCUAAGAAUGUCUGGUUAACUCAUUCUUGGAAGAAAUGUCAGCACUGAACUUAGAUAUAAGCUUGUUAAAUGACAUGCUCGUGCCUACCGAUUAUAUAAGAUAUGCUUAUCCAUAUGCUGUUAUUUUCUUCCAUAUUUCUAUUCAAUAUUAUGUGUUGCAGGUUAGUAGUGUAGCCGGAGUGGUGCUAAUAGCUUUACCAUCUUCUAGAUACAUCUAUGUUUGGAGGUCCGGUGGCAGCUCCUAUCAAUAGCCCGCAUUUGAGAAAGUCUGGUAGCAGAGUUGUUGUAUCUGAUAUUGGUACAAGAAUUAUAAGCACAUGACUCUUGGAAUUAAAGGCUGUUGUUAUUUAAUUAUGCUUCGUAGACCUAAUAUUUGUAGAAUAUUUGUUAGGUGACGAAUUGGGAAAUGGUGUUGAGAAUAGUCACUUUCAUCCCAUAGAGGUAAAUGGAUUGAAGAAUGCAACUAUACCAAUGGUUACUGUUGCAAUAGUGCCAUCACCUAUAUUAUUAUGGAGACUCAAGUUACAAAAUGGAAAAGUAGCUGCAUCUUUAUGGUUCUGUUGUUCUUGGUCUGGGGUUUCAUCUGUAGCAAGAUUGGAUGGCAUUCUGUAAUGAGAAUGAGUGUGGACUUACGAGACCUAUUUCUAUAUGAGGCAUUUUUGUAUUAUAAUCCUCUUCUUCUUGUGACUACAAUGGUAUGGCUUUGGGGAAUCAAUUUAUGGGUGUUUUCUCAGUCUAAUGUCAAUUAUGCCAAAAUUUUUGAUCUUCAUCAGAAUCAUCUCACUCAUAGAGAAAUAUGGAAGUGUGCUACAUGGAUGACCAUCAUUGUUCCUACUAGUAUGACAGCAUAUCUUUAUCUUUAUUCUCAUGGAGAAGUAUCAUUGGCUGCCUCUCAACCAGUGCUUUUAUAUUUUGCAGUUGUGAUGAUUCUGAUAUUCCCUUUUGACAUCUUUUAUUUUUCAUCCCGUUACUACUUGCUAAGGACUCUUUGGCGGAUAAUUAUUCCACUACAGGCAAUAACUUUUUCCGACUUUUUCUUGGCUGAUAUUUUGACCUCUAUGGCAAAGGUUUUUUCUGAUUUGGAACGUUCCAUUUGUAGAAUGGUCCAUCGACAGGUUGCCACUAUUGCAUGGUUUGAAGCUGAUUCUGUUUGUGGCAGUCACUCCAUUGCAAUCCCUUUGGUUCUUGUUUUGCCUUACCUUUUUCGGUUUUUCCAAUGUCUUCGACAAUACAAGGAUACUAGUGAAAGAUCAACACUUUUAAAUGCAUUAAAGUAUUCAACGGCAGUACCUGUGAUUUUUCUUUCAGCCCUUAAAUACCAUGUCUUACAUGAUAGUUGGACUAAUUUUUAUCGGCCUCUCUGGCUUCUUUCAAGUGUCUUGAACUCGUUAUAUUCAUUUUAUUGGGAUGUGACACGAGAUUGGGAUUUGAGUGGCUUCACUCGAACUUUCAAGUUCAAUAAAUCACAUCUCUACUCACGCCUGUUACAUGGACGAACAUGGGUUUACUUUUGGGUGAUAGGAAGCAACUUGAUCCUACGAUGCACAUGGACGUACAAACUGUCAGCUCAUCUCCGUCACAAUUACCUUACGGUGUUUACCAUUGCUGCUUUGGAGAUUUUCCGCCGUUUCCAAUGGAUUUUCUUCCGUGUAGAGAAUGAGUGGAAUAAAAUGAACUCCAGGUCAAAUAUUCAGCUCUCCAUGAAUGAUCCAACCAAUGAGGAAGUGAAAUUACUUUCUUCUAAUGACCACGAUGUAUAGAUUGCCGAAUGAUUUUAUCUUUGAUAACAGCUUCAUGGGGGGUUUAUCUAUCAUCAUGAUUGAUAACCUCCAUAUUUUCUGCCAAAGAAAGGUUUUAAUCAUUCAUUUUUGAAUUAUAUAUAUGAUCAUAUCAAAAUUCUUUUAUUAAUACGUUCAUACUUAUUCGGAGAUAUCUUCGACUCUUAGAGGAGUCAACAUUUUUUUUUUCGUUUUGAAAAUAUGUUAGGAAGCUUGUCUGCUGAUUGCAUAUUGAAGAGUUGGACUGGAGAGAUCCUCAUCCAUUCAUGCAUCAAAUGAAAAAAAAAAAAAAGUUAAUAUAAGUUACUGCUGGAUUUCCCAUGGUUUUCGUUUUAUAUGAUUGUGAAAGUAUCAUAUAUAUGCUGAACUCGUGUGGGAAGGUCCCAGCUCCACAACCGCCAAUUUAGAAAGGAAAGAGCAGCACUGUCGCCGCAACCAUUGAUGGUAACAAAUUGCAGCUUUAACUACCCAGAUCGAUGUUGCAAACUCCUAUGUCCUGCCACUGCGGCCAGUCUGUAAUGCCACUUUUCAAAGCCUUCACGAUGUACUCUUCUCAGUUGGAGCAAGAUUUAAUCUAACAGUCAUCUUUGGAGACAACCAGUUCUUAAGCAUGUCUAGAUAGCACAAGAAUAAAGUCCAGAUGCUGUAA